GCACACUGCAGGGCUGCCUCUCUCCUCUCUCUGCAACAGGCUGUAAGGGAGACCACAUCGACAUCCCCCAGACCUCCUUCAGAGGGCUCCCUUUCUGCUCUCCUAGGGGGUGUUUGAGGGACCAUCAGUCGUCAGGAAUCACUUUUCCUUUUUCAUCCUUGUGGUGACGUGCUGACAUCACCAGAUUUCAUAUCUGACUGGGAUAUGCCUCUCGCUCUCUGCUGGGAAAUGUUGCCACACCAUGGAUCUUUGCACCAGUACUGAUCAUUUUCUUGCCUUUGUCUUGGUGGAAUCAUUCAACUAAGUGAGAGUUCUCCUUCAUCAUUCAUCAUCAUUUUCACUUGUCUGUCAAAAUUUUUUGUAUAUACUUUUAAGGAGCUUCCUAGCAAGGACCCUUAACCUCAGAAAGUUCCGUGUGAUGUAUUUUUUUAAAUAAUUUUUUAUAUUAAAGGCACCUAACCUCUGAGUACCUUUCUCUACCACCAGCACAAAAGAAGUAGUUUUGUUUCAGUUUAUUUUCCCUUGAAUGUGACUGACGGCUGCAGAUUCCUUUGUGUCACUCUUCACUCCUGGCCGCCGCCGCUUCAGCCGCCUGCCGUGCCUGAGGACCCCCCCCCCCCCACGUAAGCCGUGAUGAAGGUGAGGGGAGUUGUACCGUGGCUGGCCCUCGCCAUGCUCGCCCUGUCCUGUAUGCUGGCGUGCAGCCACAGCACAGGCACGCUGACGGCAGCCGUGGAUGGAGCCGUCGGAGAAAAAAAGGAGGUCAGGUUGGAACGGAGAGAUGAGGCGCAGGACGAGUACCGUGAGGAGGUGACUGUGGUCCAGCCUGCCAUGGACCCGGAGAUGAGGGCUCCUAGAGGCAAAACCAAAACCCGGAAAUCCAUGGAAAAACCAGUGAAAGGUAGGUCUAGGAAAGCAGCCAGGAAGGAGGCCAGAAGCAAGAAGGACAGAGGUCCCAAGCCCACAAAAUCCCCCCAAAGAAAGAGCAAAGGCGACAAGAAAAAUAAAGACAAGUCUGGAAAGAAGCACAGGAACAAGAACAAGAAAGUGCAGAUAGAGGGGCCCCCGUCUGAACCUCCCCACGUACAAGAGGAAGAGCUGAUGGUGGUCGACCCCAUCUGGGACCAGUCGGCCUCCACGGACGUUCCUCCGGUGACUGAAGAUGUGUAUCCGGACCUAGACCGCAUUGACCAAUUCUGGGUGGUACCUGAGACUCCAGAUCCCUCAGACCUCGUGACAGAAAUCAUGUGGAGGGAGGGAGAUGCUACAUAUCCAAAGAUUCUGGAAGAGACAAGCGAAAAAGACAGCGAAGAACCAGAAGGAAUUGACCAAUUCUGGGUGGUACCUGAGACCCCAUCUCCCUCGGACCUUGUCACUGAAGUCAUGGGCAGGGAGGGAGAUGACUACUGGGAUGCUACAUAUGACUUACCAGAGACCUUCCCUUACGGCAAAGAGAUCCUUCCUACAGAGCUCUCUCCCGCCUCAGAGUCUCCCCCGCCACCCUUUGAAAACUCAUUGUACUACGACUACGAGGAUUUAUACCAUGUAAGGAUUCCAGAAGAGACAAGAGAAAAACAGAGGAAGGAAAUGGAAGAAGAAAAACAGAGACGAUGGGAGGAGGUGGAAAAGGCACGACGGAGGCCGCCUCCCAUUUUCACGGAGGCAAAAAAGUGUCCUCCACUGGGCAUGGAGUCCCAUCGUAUAGAGAAUGACCAGCUACUAGCAUCCUCAAUGUCCAGCCUUGCCUUCAACCCACAGAGGGCCCGGCUCAAUAUGCAGGCCUCAGAUGAUGAGGAAGAUGUAUAUGGAGGAGCAUGGUGUGCCAAUCCCGAUGAGAGGGAGAACUGGUUUGAAAUAGAUAUGCGGCAGGACACUGAGUUCACUGGAGUCAUCACCCAGGGCAGGGACUCUGACAUGAGCAAUGACUUUGUCACCUCCUACUAUGUGGCCUUCAGCAAUGACAGCCGGGAGUGGAAUAUACUUGAUGACGGCUACGCUGAGUGGCUGUUUGUGGGGAAUUUGGACAAGGACACACCUGUGGUGUCACAGUUCAUAGAGCCCGUGGUGGCUCGCUAUAUCCGGAUCCUGCCUCAAUCAUGGAACGGCAGCCUGUGCAUGAGACUGGAAGUGAUGGGGUGCCCACUGCCCAGUAGUAACAGCCACCAGAUUCAGAAUGAAGUUAUUUCAGUAGAUGACUUGGACUUCAGAUACCACAGCUACAAAGACAUGGCCGAGAUGAUGUACUCAAUCAAGAACGAGUGUCCGAAUAUCACCAGAUUGUACGACAUUGGGGAGAGCUUCAAAGGACUGAAAAUCUAUGCCAUGGAGAUCUCGGACAAUCCUGGGGAGCAUGAGCUGGGUGAACCGGAGUUUCGCUACACAGCUGGACUUCAUGGAAACGAGGCUUUGGGACGAGAACUACUGUUGCUGCUUAUGCAGUUUCUGUGCAAGGAAUACAAAGAUGGCAACCCUCGCGUACGCCGCCUCGUCGACUCGAUACGUAUCCACCUGGUGCCAUCGCUCAACCCUGAUGCCCAUGAGCUGGCAUUUGAAGCGGGCUCAGAGAUGGCAACCUGGGAACUUGGACACUGGACAGAAGAGGGAUAUGACAUUUUCCAGAAUUUCCCAGACCUCAACAGCAUCCUGUGGGCAGCAGAGGAUAAGGGCUUGGUUCCACAAGUGACACCCAAUCACCAUAUUCCUAUUCCAGAGCACUUCCUGAAUGGCUCGUUUGCAGUGGAGACCAGGGCAAUCAUGUCCUGGAUGGAGAGUUACCCAUUCAUGCUGGGAGCCAAUUUGCAGGGGGGAGAGAAGGUUGUUGCGUACCCCUUUGAUAUGCGCCAAGGAAUCAAGGAAAAGGUGGAGAAUGAGAGGAGACGGACAGUGCGACAGUAUGAGGAAGAGGAUGAAGACGAAGACCCAUGGCAUGGGGUCUACCCAGAGAGCGAGGAGGAGCUAAGAGAGAUAGCUGACGAGUCCAUAUUCCGCUGGCUGGCUGUUUCAUUUGCCUCCACCCAUCAUAACAUGAUCAACAACCAUCGUGGCUCCUGCCACAAAAAUGACCUUGCCCGUGGUGCAAGCAUCGUCAAUCGCGCAAGAUGGAAGCCUACAGUUGGCAGCAUGAAUGACUUCAGCUAUCUGCAUACCAACUGCUUCGAGCUCAGCAUCUUCCUUGGCUGUGACAAGUUUCCCCAUGAAAGUGAGCUCGCACAGGAAUGGGAGAACAACCGAGAAGCACUUUUGGUCUACAUGGAGCAGGUACAUCGGGGGAUCAGGGGAGUGGUGAGGGACCGGGAAGGCAACCCCAUAGCCAAUGCGACUGUGUCGGUCGAUGGAGUGAACCACGAUGUCAGGACAGCGGACUCUGGAGACUAUUGGCGGCUUCUGAAUCCUGGGGAGUAUCAUGUGACUGUGCGCGCAGAGGGUUUCGCCCCCCUCACACGCCUCUGUGCAGUGGGCUUUGAACCAGGAGCUACUCCCUGCAGCUUCACCCUCAACAAAUCCAACUGGGACCGCAUCUUGCAGAUCAUGCAAAUGAACGGCCAAAGGUCCCUCCGACUUCUGUCCAACGGUCGGCCGGGAGGAGGGCACUGGCAGCCCAGGAUGAACACCAGUUGGAGAAGACCUGUCAGUCAUGGCUCACGCCAGCGGCCUUUCCGCCGACCGCAGCAACAGAGACCAAGAGCCAAUGCUGCUAAGAAUUUAUCCCCGAAGACAACACCCCCCACAACGACCACACCCCCAACAACCAGUCUCCCAACAACACCCCCCACAACGACCACACCCCCAACAACCAGUCUCCCAACAACACCCCCCACAACGACCACACCUUUCCCUGCCACUCCCGUGCCGGAGUUCCCACUGGAGAUUUCCACCUCCUUCUAUGAUUCCUGGUACAAUGAGUACAUAAGCACUACUAUCAGUCAGCCACCUGACAGUACCCCAGAGCACUAUGAGUAUGAAGACAGCACAGAUUAUUAUUAAACAAAAAUCACAACAUGCAUUCCUGCCUCUCAUCUGAAAGGUGCUGUUAGUGUAGCUCUUUAUGUCCAGAAUCUUAACAUCUGUAUCAUCCACUGUUCUCACCUUCUUCUGAAAACAUAGCACAAUUUUUUUUUAAUGGGCAGCACAACUCUCAAUGUAAACUGAACCUGCAGUAAUCAGUAUUGUGAUCAAAGGGUAGCUUCCCUGAAGUCUCCAAAGACAGGCCACACUUAAAGGUCUUAAGAGAACAUGCCCUUCCGGUACCAUUUACUAACCCACAAGUAAAAUCCACCAGUGCUUGAGGUAGAAGGUAUUUCAUUAUAAAAGUUUAUUUACAUUUUUUUUGCCAUUGUAGUAACAUGCUACUGACCAAAGAAAAGACAUGUUUUUCAAAGGGGGGAACAAAACACAGAAAGUACUUGAGAGAAUUAUAAAAAAUGUUCAGCGCUGCCAUAUAA